GGGCCGUCUGGUCUGGGGAAUUAGCACCGGGGACGGGCGCGCGCGCAGGUCCCCAGCACAUCUGGGCGAGAGCCGAGCCUCUGGAAGCGAGUGGGGCGCCGAGCGCCUGUCUGGAGAGGCACAGCCGCCGCGCAGCCGGAGCCCCUUCGAGACGCUCCGGGCUCACACCUGGGACCCGGAGAAGGGACCGCGCAGCGCGCAGCUGGACGCGGGGAGGGGGCGGCGGCUACACAGCUGGACCGAAGGGGGGCGGGGUCGGUCCCAGCGACGGGCUGAGGGGAGGGCCGCGAACCACCGGGGACGGGAGCAUGGGGCAGCGCGCCUGAAGGAGCAGUCCAGGGAAGAGGGGGACUGGGACCCCGAAAAGAAAAAGAGAGACGGGUGAAAGCGGAGGAGGAAGAUGCAACUGACCCGCUGCUGCUUCGUGUUCCUAGUGCAGGGCAGCCUCUAUCUGGUCAUCUGUGGCCAAGACGAUGGCCCCCCUGGCUCAGAGGACCCUGAGCAUGACGACCAUGAGGGCCAGCCUCGGCCUAGGGUGCCUCGGAAGCGAGGUCACAUCUCACCUAAGUCCCGCCCCUUGGCCAACUCCACCCUCCUAGGGCUGCUGGCCCCACCCGGGGAGGCUUGGGGUGUCCUUGGGCAGCCCCCCAACCGCCCCAAGCAAAGCUCCCUACCCUCGACCAAGGUGAAAAAAAUAUUUGGAUGGGGCGAUUUCUACUCCAAUAUCAAGACAGUGGCUCUGAACCUGCUGGUCACAGGAAAGAUCGUGGACCACGGCAACGGGACCUUCAGCGUCCACUUCCGUCACAAUGCCACAGGCCAGGGUAACAUCUCCAUCAGCCUUGUACCCCCCAGCAAAGCUGUAGAGUUCCACCAGGAACAGCAAAUCUUCAUCGAAGCCAAGGCCUCCAAAAUCUUCAACUGCCGGAUGGAGUGGGAGAAGAUUGAACGGGGCCGCCGGACCUCGCUCUGUACCCAUGACCCAGCCAAGAUCUGUUCUCGAGACCACGCUCAGAGCUCGGCCACCUGGAGCUGCUCCCAGCCCUUCAAAGUCGUGUGUGUCUACAUUGCUUUCUACAGCACAGACUAUAGGCUGGUGCAGAAGGUGUGCCCAGAUUACAACUACCACAGCGAUACCCCCUACUACCCAUCUGGGUGACCUAGAUGGGCCACACAGGCCUGUGCAGGAGGCCAGCUGUCUGGACCCUGGGCAGGGAAGGGAUGGGUCUCAGGAAGGGAGGGCUCGGAGAGGACGAGAGGCCAGGUGGGCCAGGGCUAGGCCUCAGGUGUUAGGGAAGGGUCCCCAGGGCUGGUCCCGACCUGAGGUGAGAGUGUACUUGUUAUGGAGGAGGAAUGGGCUCUGGGCAGCCUCACAGAGCUUUCACUCUGGUCCAAAGCUGAUGCUGGACUCUGAGGCCCCUGGGCAGGCAGGCCAGGUGGCCCCAGAUCAAGCCACGAGAAGACCUUAACCCUUGGCUGUCUCCUUGUCAUUCAGAAAGAGGGCAGCAGUCGACAAAGGGUUGUCCAACUGUGUAGGCCAGAUAGACAGCUUAGGACAGAUUGGCUCAGUGACUUCCCCCAUGGGCAUCCCCGAGCCCCUUUCCUGCACCGAGACUGAAGUGGUGAGCUCAUCCCCAUCCUGAGGUCUUUGCUGUCCUGACUACCUGUCACCAGCCAGGCCACCCGUUCCGAAAUCCCCUCUCCCUCCAGCACUCUGCGCUGCCGUCACCCCUUGCCGAUGGCACACCAGCCCGUCCUUCACCCAGACAGGACUACUCCGUCCUCCUAGUGUGAAGGGCAUAAGCAGAAACCUGCCCAUGUGCUGUGUGCCCACCUCUGCCCUAACCCCGCUGAGAGUGCUCCCAACAGCCAGCUCUUCAUGUCAGACAGGGCAUUCCAAACAGGGGUGGGGACUCCUUCUCUGGGCCAUGGGGCUAUCAGCAGAAUGGGGCUCAGGAGGCUGGACUGUGUGGCCAUGCUGGAACUGUGCCCUAGUGUUGUCUGUGGGGUGGGGGGAGGGGUGGGAAGUCUUGUGAAAUGCCCUGUCACUUCCGUGUGCAGAGUCUUGUCCUUGGAGCAGGGAAUAAAGAUUUCCCAGGGCA